AUCAUUUGUCAAUAUCAAUUCCCUCUGCCACCUUCUGGUCGGCAAACCAAAGCUUAACUUCAGGUGUCUCUUCACUUCAUCUCUCUCUAGAACUUAGUGUGUGUUCUCUCUUCACUUCAUCUCUCUCUAGAACUUAGUGUGUGUUGUGUGUGUCUCUUGUAUGUGUCUGUCCCUAUAUUUUCAUGAAACUUACUCUCUUCGCACACUGUGCAUAAAUUCCCACUCUUCUUUCCCUCAACUACAACUCUGGUUCAACAGUUUUAUGUUUUGCAAUAGCCCUACACAACCAACCAUCACUCGUUCUGUACCUUUUUGCUCUUUCUUCGAGUAAAAGAUUUUUUUUUUUUUUUUGCUCUCAUUAAUUUCCCUCUUCGCUUUUCUUGUCAUCCCUUCAUAAAUUUGAAGGAACCUGAGAAAAUUACAAAGUUCUUAGCUUUUCGAGAUUUCCAAGCAAAAAAAAUUGCAAGAUAUCGCUUUAAAUUUGUGAAGUGGGAUUGAGAAAUUUGAAGAAAUGAUUAACGUGAUGCAUUCUUUGAGCAAGCCGAUGAAUCAAGUGGAAAAUUGCUUGGACCCUCAGCUAUGGCAUGCCUGUGCUGGUGGGAUGGCUCAAAUCCCACCACCAAAUUCCAAAGUCUAUUAUUUCCCUCAAGGUCAUGCUGAACACGCCAAUGAAAAUGUUGAUUUCACGAAAUUUCCAAGAAUCACACCUCUCAUGCUGUGUAAAGUAGUCUCUAUUAAGUACUUGGCUGAUUCUGAGAGUGAUGAAGUAUUUGCUAAAAUCAGAUUAGUGCCUCUGAUAAUGAAUGAAUCUGAUGUGUGUGAUGAUGAGAGAGGGUUGCUAGGGAUUGAAAGGAAUGAGGAGAGAGAGAAAACCAAUUCAUUUGCAAAGACAUUGACACAGUCUGAUGCAAACAAUGGGGGUGGUUUCUCUGUGCCUAGGUAUUGUGCUGAGACCAUAUUUCCUAGGUUGGAUUACUCUGCUGAGCCCCCUGUCCAGACAAUCUUGGUUAAGGAUGUCCAUGGUGCUGUUUGGAAGUUUAGGCACAUCUAUAGGGGGACUCCCCGGCGCCACCUUCUGACCACGGGUUGGAGCAAUUUCGUGAACCAGAAGAAGCUUGUGGCCGGGGAUUCAAUCGUGUUCUUGAGGGCGGAGAAUGGGGAUCUGUGUGUGGGCAUACGCAGGGCAAAGAGGGGCAUUGGUGGUGGAGCUGAGGUCUCGUGUGGCUGGAACACGGGCAUCCCGGCCUUGCACGGGGGGUUCUCGGGUUUUCUUGGUGAGAAUGUGGGCCUUGGCAUGGGUGGUAGUAGGAGAGGGGGUGGGGGUGAGCUGGGAUUGAAGGAGAGGGGUAAUGUGAAGGUUGAGGCUGUUGUUGAGGCAGCUAGUCUUGCUGCUAAUGGCCAGCCUUUUGAGGUUGUUUACUAUCCUCGUGCUGGCUCACCGGAGUUUGUGGUUAGGGAGUCGGCCGUUAGGGCUGCAAUGAGGGUGCAAUGGUGCUCGGGGAUGAGGUUUAAGAUGGCGUUUGAGACAGAGGAUUCAUCUAGGAUCAGCUGGUUCAUGGGAACCAUUUCGUCUGUUCAAGUAGAUGAUCCAAUUCAUUGGCCUAAUUCUCCUUGGAGACUUCUUCAGGUUGUUUGGGAUGAGCCUGAUUUACUACACAAUGUGAAGAGAGUGAAUCCUUGGUUGGUUGAAUUGGUGUCGACUAUGGGAGCUGGCCACGGCCUGUCCCCGUUCUCUCCACCAAGGAAGAGGCCGCGGCUGCCUCAGCCAACGGAGUUUCCCUACGGGCAACUCCCAAUGGGGACACUCGUUAGCAACCCCCUCAGUCCUAGCAGCCCCUUGUGUUGUCUACCCGACAACAUUCCUGCAGGCGUACAGGGAGCCAGGCAUGCUCGAUUCGAACUACCUCCACCGGAUCUCCAGUUCAAGAAGCUGCAGCCGUUUGAUUUCAAGCUGCUCGACUACACUGGUCAAUUCCCUAGACUCCUCACCAGCUACCCUCUCCAAAAUCCCAACUGUGAUGCCUUGUCUUGCUCACUCAAAAUGGGGAGUUCUCUUCACGAGGCGAAGAAAACCAACGAGGCCAAGACACCGAUGUUUCUUCUGUUCGGGCAGCCGAUUCUCACUGCAGAGCAAAUCUCUCAGAGCCACUCUGUAGACACAGAAGGCAACAGCUCAGAUGGGAAUCAAGAAAACACAGCAAACCUAUCCAACGGCUCGGGGUCUGCUGUCAUUCAGAAUUUCCCACCGGAGGCCUCCUCGGAUGGAGAGUUUCCAAGGUUCAAGGACCAAACGGCUUAUCUUGGGCUGGAGACGGGCCAGUGCAAGGUGUUCGUGGAGUCGGAGAAUGUUGGCCGGACGCUUGACCUAGCAAUGCUAUGCUCUUAUGAAGAGCUCUACCGGAAACUGUCAGUCAUGUUUGGCAUGGAGAGAUCAGAGAUGUCGAGCAACGUGCUCUACAACGACGCUCGUGGCAACGCGAAACAUGUCGGGGAUGAGCCCUUCAGUGAUUUCAUCAAGAAUGCUAGAAGGCUUACGAUUCUUAUGGAUUCGGGCAGUGUCAAUCUUGGUAACUAGAGGCGGAUUUGAUCGAUUAUUAUUUCAAUUGUACAGUUUGAUCAAAACUAUUGUUGUAGGUUUACAAUUUGGAAGUAGUGGGAAAAUUCCCUUUCAAGCAAACUUCAUAUUUGUUUCUUCAUGAACUCACUUUUGUAUUGUUCUAAUUCGUUACCAUAAAGAUUUCCAUUAUGACUUUUAUUUUCAUUA